AUGUCUUGGCUCAAGUUACACAACCCUACUAUAGAAUGGACUACCAAGCUACAACUUGUUUUUUCUUCUUCUCAUAUUAUCCUGGGAAACACUGGUGGGACUGCCAACCACCUUGAAAGUGUACCAGAAGACCUAGGAGGUGCUGAGGCUCCUUAUGAGGCUCUUGAAAGUAUCCCUAGGGACCCUGGAGGUGCUGUGAAUCAUUCACUUGAAGGCAUCCCAGAGGAACUCUGUGACUAUGCAGAGGUAUUUUCUGAGGACAAGGUGACAGAGUUGCCUCCUCAUCGCUCCUAUGACUUGGAGAUAGUCCUCCAAGAUCAAACCAAACAGGUUAAAGGACCUGUCUAUCCCCUUAGACCUUCUGAUGAUGAGGAACUCAAGAGGAUCCUAAAGGAACAGCUGGACCAAGGCCUUAUCAGGCCCUCAAAAUCCCAUUACAGCUCUCCUGUGAUCUUUGUUCCCAAAAAGAAUGGCAAAAGGAGGAUGUGCAUUGACUAUCGUGCACUGAAUGCCAACACAGGUGCAAAGUGCUUUACUGCUCUGGACCUUAAAUCUGGAUAUAACCUUGUCAGAAUUAAGGAAGGAGAUGAAUGGAAAACAGCAUUCAAGACUAAAUAUGGCCUUUUUGAAUACCUGGUUAUGCCCUUUGGGCUGUGCAAUGCCCCAGCUACCUUCCAGAUCAUGAUAUCCUGA